GGGUCAGCAGUUAACUGCACACCACGUGAGCAGUUAAUUUUGAACAAGUCCAAAAAACAAAUAUAAACCUGGCAGUUUUUAUUAAGAAAAAAAAAGAAGAAGAAAGAAACCUUUUGUCAGGAGUGGGUUGGCCUCACAAACAGGAACUAAGAGACUAGUCAGGUCCAGGAUGGAACAUGAAGCAGAGAAGUACCAGCAGCGACUAAAGGCUAUAGCGGAGAAACGGCGGAUCCAGGAGGAACAGGAGCGAGCCAGGAGAGAGAUUGAGGAUGAGAGACUGAGACUUCAGCAGCUGAAGAGGAAGUCCCUCAGAGACCAGUGGCUGAUGGAAGGACCUCCUGCAUCUCCUGACAGUACGGGACCCCGAUCGCCCCUCUGGGGCCCUAAGGUUCAGGAGAUGGAGACGCACAUUAACAAGUUACAGGUGACGUCUGAGCAGUUGGCAGAGGAAGAAUCCAAACUGAAGAAACUCAUUGAAGACGGUUCCAAUCAAACUGGCACAGACGCUCAGACACAACAUAAGGGAGAGGUCGUGGUGGAGCCAGUGGGAGCAGGUGAGUGUGUGCCACCUGUCCUCUCUCUGUGCCGCACCUGUGUCCAGGCUAACCAUCUGCCUGUCUGUUUCAGUUACACAGCAUCAGGCUUGUCUUCAUUCCAGACUUGA